AUGGAAAUCCCACAAGACCUAUACGCAUUGCUAGAGAAAACUUCUGCCUCGGCCAGUGGGUUAGUAUAUACCGAACCAAGCCAGCAGAAAGUUGUUCAAGACAAAACUGAUUAUUUGAUCUCGUACAUUACUGCACUUGAAGAUAAGGACACCAGUAACAAGAAACAAAAGACCAAUCCUUUCGAGAACCCUGAUCCUUCAUUAGUGGUGAGUCGCGAUGUAGUGUACAGUUUGAUUUUGAACAAGUUUCCUAUUAUCAAAAACCACUUUUUGUUGAUCACCAACAAGUUUGUCAAACAAGACUCGCUCUUAACCCCACAGGAUCUCGUGGUGACCCAUGACAUAUUAAAGCAAUUGGGGAAAGAUCUCAAGGGACAGAAAAACAUUAGACCAUUGGCGUUCUUCAACUGCGGCCCAGCGUCAGGAGCAUCGCAAGCACAUAAGCAUGUCCAAUUUAUUUUUGUCGAUGAGCAACAGCACGGGCUUUGGCCCCAAGACGUUGUGGACCGCUCACGUCAAAUCAUCUACGUUCCCGACGUCGAUAAUCCACCAUUGACAGACAGUAGCAAGAAGUUUGCUCAUUUCGUUUUGCCACUCACUCGUGAGCGUGGUGAGGAAGAUACAGAGAUCCCAAUGGAUACUUUUGCAAUGAUUUAUAUGGGGUUGAUUCAAAACUGCUUGACAGUGAUGAGAGACCACCAUCUCGCUAAUGAUGAAGAGAACCAUACAAGAUCGAUGUUAUCUUAUAAUUUACUCAUGACAGAAAAUUGGAUCAUGGCAGUACCAAGAAGUCGUGACACCGUCUCCAAUGAAGAACUCGGGUGCACAUUAUCAAUAAACUCGUUGGGGUAUGUGGGAAUGAUUUUGGUCAAAUCAAAAGAGGCUUUUGAGAAAAUCGUCUCGGGAAAAAUUGAUUUAGAAGAAAAAGUUUUGUUGGAAAGCGGGUUUAAAAAAGAUUAUGAGAAACAAACAGAUGAAGGUGAUUAUUAA